UGUUGAUAUGAAAGCCCAAAAGGAGGGGAGCGUGUUGAAACCACGUGGAAAGGUGUUGUUUACAUAAAAAAGCGUGUCUCUUUCCACACCUUUCCACUCUUGUCUCUCUAUCUAUCUUUCCCCUUUGAGCUUUUCCAGUGUCACCAAAUUCACUUAACAACGCACAGUACAAGAAUCUCCUCCUUGUUCUGUUCUCAUCCCUUUGUUUCUAGAAGACAUGGCCAUGGUUACUGCUUCUUCUAUUGUUGGUCUCCAUCCUAUGUUGGUUUCACCUCCUUUAUUCCACUGUUCUCCUCAACUACCACACCUUCACCUUCCAACUACUCAUUCUUCUCACCUUUUUGCAACAAGACCUCUGCUUCGCCCCCACAAGUGUUUUGUGACAAAAGACGACUUUUCCAUAAUCCAUAAUGGAGCUGAAGCAGAAGGAGAAGAAGAAGAAGAAUUGGAAGAGAAGAGUGAAACUAUCUUACAUUCCUUUUCUCCAUUGCCACUACUGUUUGCAGCUGCUCUUCUACCCGGAGCUGGAGCUGUGAGUUCUACAUUUGGGCCAUUUGUUCAGCUUGUCAAAUCAUGGAACCUUCCAGAUUGGCUUGUGCAUUGGGGUCACCCUGGCAACAUGGCAGUUGUGCUCUUUGCUAUGGGUGGCUAUGGUACUUAUCUUGGUUUUCGCAUUAAAUAUUCUGAUGAUGUGGAAGAAAAGGCUAAGGCCAAGGACUUGCAUCCAAAGCUUUUAGCUGGUAUGUUUUUCUUCUUUGCUCUUGGUGCUACCGGGGGAGUAACAUCUCUACUCACAUCAGAUAAACCCAUUUUUGAGAGUCCUCAUGCUGUUACAGGUGCUAUAGGCCUUACUUUGUUGACAGUACAAACCAUAUUGCCUUCACUCUUUGAGGGAAAUCCUGGACUAAGGAAUGUUCAUGGUAUCUUGGGAAGUGGCAUCAUGACUCUUUUUCUUAUUCAUGCUGCCCUUGGACUUCAAUUAGGCCUCAGUUAUUGAUUACAACUUCUUCCAACAUGUAUUGUUAUUUGAAGUUUUCCUUUUGGUGUACAUUCUUUUUGUAUUAUUAUUUUUUGGGGGGGCUAAGGUUUUCUCAAUUACAAUUGAGAAGAAUGACUAUCAGGAUUUUAUGUGCUCUUCUAUUAUAUGUUUGUGGAAAAUAAAACGGCACACAUAUAAUUUUUGCCCCUCAUUACUUAAUAUAGGGUGUUGUAAUAUCUGCACUAUUUCUUCCAAGUUGUACUUGUUUCAAAUGUUGAGCUCUUAUUCAGUUAUUAGAGAAGAAAGAAAAAGAA